GAAACCAGGCUCCUGCUAGCAACGACCAAUCCAGGCGCCGACUCCGCGGGCUCGGGCCAAUGGCCGCUCGCCAGUCCCCAGGGACCGAAUCGGAGCCUUCGCGCCUGCGCCCCGACCGAGGGCCAAUGGGAAGACGCGCAGAACUUCGAUUUGGGGCUUCUCCGACUUCCCACCUGCCCCGAGAAACAAUAAAUAAGGGGCGGGGGGGAGCCCCCGUAAAACCCUCGCCACUCUGCGCGGGAACUAGUUUGAGUUCGAGGGGAACCUCCUUCCGUCACUCUCCUACCUCUUUCGAAGUGUCAAGUCCAGCAGACUGCGGGGCUUCCCACGCUUAAACAUUCCCCUCCCCUCGGGUCCCCCUGGCGUGGAACACCAGCCAUCAAAAAGCAAGCCAACCUGUAACUAAAAGGGGUGACGCUCGGCAUCCCGGGAUACAUUAGUGAUGCCCCCCUGGCCCCCCGCCCGCCGGACUCCUGUCGCAAAAGUGAGAGCCUGAUGGAGCUCCGGGAGGUAAAGUGUGGCCACCUCCCCACCCGCUAUGACUGGGUCCCCAGGAGCUUGUAUCUCUGACUUGCCUGAGUGAGCCUGCAGCAGGUCAUCGAUUAUAGUUCCGGCUUCCGCACCCUGGCACUGGUUCCCGUGGAGGGUUCUGCUGGCGCGUCCCAGAAUUGGGCCGUUUGUCUUUAAGGUUCAGAAUAUCGACAUCGACAAGGUGGACACCCUCAUCCCGACUUUAGAGGCCUGCCCGAUGGCCGACGUGUUCGUGUACGGGACCCUGAAGCGAGGCCAGCCCAACCACAAGGUCCUGCUGGACGCCACCAACGGCUGCGCCACCUUCCGGGGCCGGGGCCGCACGGUGGAGCCGUUCCCCCUGGUGAUCGCCGGGGAGCAUAACAUUCCGCGGCUGCUGAACCUGCCGGGGCGCGGCCGCCGCGUGUUCGGGGAGAUCUACGCUGUGGACGAGCAGAUGCUGCGCUUCCUCGAUGAGUUCGAAGGCUGCCCGGACCUGUACCAGCGCGUGCGGGUGAGCGUCGCGGUGCUCGAGCCCGAGGGCGCCCCCGAGGAGCCCCCCGCCGCCGAAAGGCGCCUGCAGUGCUUCGUGUACAUCACGGCCACCCACCCGCCCGAGUGGGCCCAGCUCCCGCACCUCGACAGUUACGACUCGCAGGGGGCGCACGGGCUCCGCUACAAUCCACGGGAAAACAGAUAAAAGCCCAAGGAAGGCUCCCCAGCCAGGGGACACAGAGCCCCGAGGAUAAGAUCCCCUUGGCGUGGUCUGCACGCACUGAAUGCAGAAGCCUAAUGAUGUCCUUGGAAACAAAUAUUUGUAAAACUCCAUCUGCGGGAAAAGAAAAGACUCUUUCUUUUACUGUCAGCCAAUUUCCUAGAUAAUUUUGACAUACCAAUAACAAGAUUGUGCCUCCCAUACGGCUUUAUUGCUUGCUGCUUAAAGAGCAUUAGGUUUUUGAAUGUCCUGGGUAAGACAAAUUUAGGAUUUUAAUUCCCCUAAAUGGCAUUUCAGGAACUCACAUGUUAUCACACUUUUCUUGCUUCUCUGUCUGCUUUGCUUUAAUCUGAAGAUGACAUUUAAAAUGAAUGUGAAGACUGUGUUGCAGCUAGAUUUUAGCAGCCCUACUCUAUUGAUUCUGACCUGUAUAGCACCAAGAAAAAAAAAAUGCUAAGCUGAUCUUGGAUGUCUCAGUGUAAUAAAUAAUAAAAGAAACUCAAGAAAAGCAUGCUGCAUUUUAGAGUAGUUUUGGAGGACAUACAACAUUUUUCUUCACAAUUUUCAGAUCAAGCUUAUUAAAGAGACUAUUAAAGAUGA